AUGGAGAGGGUGUUUACUGGCCGUAAGUCAUUAAAUGACGUAGAUUGGCCAUGCUUGUGAAUGGGCAAAAGGUGUGGUUCUUUCCACAUAUUAUGAUAAGUUUCACUUUCAAGAGCGAGACUAAAUAUCCUGCAUAAGAGUGAUUGGAAAAUUACAUUUGCACCCACUAACUGGGACACCAUCAGUUCAAGGACUAUGAGAUUGACGACAUAGCCGAACCGCUACAGUCACGUCCGACAGAGUAAAAGUUAUAGGUUCGAGAACUGUCCCGGUCCAUGCCUGGGUAAUCGGAGACAGAGCGGUCGAGUUUUUAAUAAAAGUUUUGGACAGGAAAACAUUGGAACUAUCGACGGCCAAGUGGGAAUGAGCUAUAGGAUUCCCGAGAGAGUCUAGAAGGGUGGGUUGCUGCGUAUUUUAUGAGCUCGUACUUUUCGGGUGAACAGUUUCGAGAUAUUUAACGGACGGCUCUCGGUGAUUUGGGCCUCUGCAGCUAGCCGCCUUUUUCCGGACAAUUUCCUAGCCUGCUCAAAAAUAUUACACAUCGAGGGCAGAACGGAAACGUUGUUCUGAAGAUGGGGUCGGCGAGAAAGUCUGUGCAGCCUAGGACGAAAUGUUAAGGGGAGGAAAACCUCAUCCCCGGAAUUAAUUAUUUUCAUACGGGGGACAAAACGAGAAAUAAGCGAAUCCAAAAUUUCGUACAGUUUACAUCCGAUCUUAGGAGAAAAGCACUCCAUUCGUGGGAAUUAAUGCGUAUUAAUAAUCCGGUCAAGCGAGCUGGUCUGUAAUCGCGGAAAAAGCCAUACUUUGGGGACAAAAUUUUCUCAGCCAUGAGUUUUAUUGUAGAAAGAACUGUGUCAUGGUCGGAGCCCUCGGAUGGGCCUAGGGAUGACACCGACAAAAGCACGCAACCCCUACAGAAAAUAAGGUCAAGUACGCUUGAUCCCCCGCGGUUGGGUGCCCACGGAACAUACGGUCCGGAUGCACCUUUCCGGUUCUGCAAAAAAAUUUGUGGCAUCAAGAAACCCUGACGUGAAUAAAGAGGAGAAGGAUCUGGGGGAGGAAAUUGCCGACAGGGAAACGGAUUACUGUUGUUAGCUGGCUGAUUUUCUGUUGGGAAUCCACGGGCCGGAUACUGUAGCGUAUUCCUGCCGGAGUAAAACUGAGAAAAGGGGGAUUUAACUGACCCGGUAUGGAUAUUAACACGAAGAGUGCAUUGGUGAAACGGUCGUGGAGAAAAUAUGUUGGGGGUGGGAGACCGACUGCUUACGCUGUGGCAUGAAUUCGAUUCAAAGGCGGGAAUGACGGCAUUGACUGCUUCGAUAUGAGGUCGAGGGGUAGUUGGAAACACGCUAUAUUUGGGCCAUGGUGCUCGAGGCAAUGGCAGACCACUGUGGAGGGAAAUAUUUCCUAGGGGAACUUUAUUUACCCGGUGUUCGAGUGUCUGAAACGGCACUCGGACACACCUUUGAAUAUGCCAUUUGCUUAGGUUUACUAAGGGUUGCCGGGGUGUCCGUAGGGGCGUUUGUAUACAAGCCGUGUCGUUGCGUUUAAGGAUAGUAGCAUCAAGGGUAGUCGAGUACCCUAUGGAAUUAACUACGCCAUGACGUUGUGAGGUCGCAGAUGACGUUGAAGAAGACUUGUUCAAAAUGAAAACAAGUGUCGUUAUGUGUGUGUGUGUGUGUGUGUUGUGCCGCCCAAACGGGCCACGUGUUAGCAGCGCUGGACCAAUACGGAGGCCACAUCGGAUUCUGGCAGGCGUUAUCUGUGCGCAAUAACAAAUGCCAACAUUCUCGGGUGCGCUGGCUGGCCGUGGCCGCAGACAAAGCACACACGGUCGAAACAGCCAAAACCGAAACAACAACAACAACAACAAUAACUUUCUUCCUCUACCAGCCUAUUCUUCUUCUUCUCCUACUCCUCCUAGUUUUCGCCGCCACAAUCGCCAGACUGACAGGGUGAGUCCACUCACUCUGGCAGCCUGGAAUGUUCGUUCCCUAUAAGACAAUUCGAGGAGCAACCGACUGAAACGCAGAACAGCGCUAGUGGCACGGGAACUGGCGCGCUACAAAGUGGACAUCGUCGCACUCAGCGAGACUCGAUUCUCCGAACAAGACCAACUGGAGGAGGUGGGUGCAGGUUACACCUUCUGCUGGAGUGGUCGCCCCAGGGCAGAGAGACGAGACGCGGGUUUCGCCUUCGCCAUCCGGAACGACGUCGUGGGACGACUGCCCUGUUUGCCGCAGGGAAUCAACGACCGCCUGAUGAGCCUCCGUCUGCCCCUCCGGGGUGGGGGCAAGUUUGUCACCAUCAUCAGCGCCGACGCUCCGCCGAUGAGCAGUCCCGACGCCGCCGCAAGAGACAAAUUCUACGAUGACCUGCACGCCCUCUUGGCGACUGUGUCGAAGGCGGACAAGUUGAAUGUCCUUGGUGGCUUCAACGCCCGCGUCGGCAGAGACCAUACUGCCUGGAGAGGAGUGCUGGGUCCCCACGGUCUCCACGGCUCCCACGACAAUGGUCUGCUGCUGCUCCGCACCUGCGCAGAAUACCGCCUUAUCCUGACGAACACCUUAUUCUGUCUGCCGGAGCGAGAGAAGGCCACCUGGAGGCAUCCUCGGUCGCGUCAGUGGCACCCGUUGGACUGUGUCCUCGUCCGGAGGCGAGACCAGCGGGACGUGCUGGUGACAAAGGCUACCGCGGGCGCUUUCGGGUGGACCGACCAUCGCCUCGUCACCUCGGAGAUGCGUAUUCGCCUACAGCCUCACAGGAGACCACAAGGUAAGCGACCCCCUGGUAAGCUGAAUACUUUCUUGUUGUCUUUGCCCGCUCACCAUCUUCAUUUCAGCAGUUAGCUAGCUCAACGGCUUGACAGCCUUCCUAUCGUUGCCGCCGCCGACGACGCCGCCGCUGCCGAGAACGCCUCCGUGGAGAACCGCUGGUGUCAACUGCGGGCCACGGCCCAGUCGACGGCGCUAGCUGUCCUUGGUCGCGCACGCCGACAACACCAGGACUACUUCGACGACAACGACGUCGCCAUCAGCAAUCUGCUCGCCUAGAAGAACCGGCUACACAAAGCCUACGUAGACCAUCCCACUAACGAGAACAAAGCUGCUUUCUACCGCAGUCGCCGCCUCGUUCAACAGCGACUACGCGAGAUGCAGGACGCCUGGACUGCUCGCAAAGCUGAGGAUAUCCAAGGCUAUCCAGACCGCAAUUAGUAGAAGAACUUCUUCUCAGCGAUCAAAGCUGCCUACGGUCCGCCGACGAAAGGCACCGCUCCUCUCCUUAGUGCCAAUGGCAGUACCCUCCUGACCGAGAAGAAACAAAUUCUACAGCGAUGGGCCGAGCAUUUCCGAGGCGUCCUCAACCGCCCUACCACCAUCUCCGACACCGUCAAAGCCCGCUUGCCGCAAGUGGCAACCAACGUGGAUCUCGACCUCCCGCCAUCUCUCCAGGAAACCAUCGGGGCCGUGCAGCAACUCUCCAACAUGAAGGCAUUCGGAUCGGACGCAAUCCCUGCUCAGGUCUACAAGCACGGAGGUCCCCAACUGAUGGAUCACCUGACUGCGCUCUUCCAGGAGAUGUGA